GACACACCAUUACAUGUUGCAGCAUAUAAUGGUCAUGUUUCCACAGUGGAAUAUCUUCUCACUUCUGGACAUUCGUUGGAACCAAGGAAUAAUGCUCAAGAAACACCAUUGCACAACGCCUGUGGACACGGCAAGCCGGAGGUUCUAGAAUUUCUGCUUCGAGCGGGUUCAGAUCUUCUCGCCUUGAGAAAUGGCAACAUGACAUGCCUGGACUAUGCAUUAGCAAGGAAUUCGUGGGAAAAACCUAUACCUAACUUAAGGGCAAUUAUCCGCCAUCUUGAGAGCAAGUACCCAGAGGAGCAGGAGAAGGUCAUGGAAAUUGUGCGACAUGCCGCUGACAAGCCGACUGCUGAAACUCACAACUGUCGUUUUCUUCGGACUUACCUUCAGCUGGAAGAAUUUUAUUCUGAAGGCCAAGUGGACGCUAACACUCUAGUUGUUCUAGUUAGCGGUGAACAACUUGUUGGGAAAUCCACACUGAUCAAGACAUUGAGAGAAGGAGGAAACAACGGCACAUCAAACGACUCGAAACGAACCCGAGGCAUCCAGAUGUCCAACUUCACUGAUGAGCGUGGUCAGCAUUUGCGUAUCAAAGAUCUCGCUGGGCAGGACGCGUUUUCAGCGACACACGACAUUUUCUGCCUAUCCACAUCAGUACCAAGCCUCGGUCUUGCUGUUGUCAAAAGUAAAUGGGACGAGAAACGGAUUACAACAAGCAUAACCACCACAGUUGGUCGGUUUUUGAGCCGGAAGCCACCAUCGGUAACAUCAGACCAGCCGUUCAAUGUCAUGAUCAUUGCGACCUUCCGCGACGAGAUCAAGAGAGAGGAUCAUGGAGAACUUGCUGCAAAGCUUGCCGCAAGCUAUGGUAGUGUCAAGGGGGAGUUUGGUGAUAAACUCCACUUUCACGGACCCUUUGCUAUCAAUGCCACCGUCAAUGACACAAGCUUCGACCGCCUGAGAGAAAAACUUUCUGUGGUUUGCACAGAUAUCCUGAGCAAAUCUCCCAAGCAACCCAAAGUGCUCGGGCAGGCAGAGGAAGUACUGGCACAACUGCAUGACAACAUCCGAGAGCCAUUCUCAACAAGUCGGGAGUUCUCUCGACAGCUUUGUGCUGCUAGCAACGUAGAGUAUGAUGACGAUGAAGAUAGCAUCAACACCGCACAAAUCCGUCGAUAUCGCAAGAUCCUCAAUGCGUAUGGUCUGAUUGUUUCUUUCUCAUCACCUGAGCUGGACGACAUCAUUGUUAACCGACCCAACUGGUUGCUCUCCAAGGUCAUUGGUCUCAUCUUCGCACCACCUGGGCUUGACGAUGAAGUUAUGCUCCACUUCAAAGAUGGUGUUGCAAAGGUCCAGGAAGUCCUUGACAAGCUUAACAGCUUCGAGGGAGCAGAAGGCCAAGGCCCUCUGCUGCUGCAGAUGGUAAUACAACUAGGUGUGUUGCUGCAGGAGAAAGAAAGGAUCCUGGCACCUAGCCGUCUUCCGACCGCUGACAACUGCCUCGGCUCACUGGCCAAGAAAGAUUCAUCAUCUCGGUCGGCGUGCGCAGGAGUCUCUUUCACGACUCAGCACUGCUUCUCCACUGCUCUUGUUAUCCGGCUACAGACAGAGCUGUACGCCUAUUUCCACGAGCUUCACGGCAUUCCUGCUGAGCUCUGGAAUAAUCUGGUGGUAGUGGCUCCAGUCCAUUCUACAGCCCGUGGUUGCAUCUCCGUCACGGACAGCCUGCGCCAAGCUGUCGCUGUUGUCCAUGCGCCCGUUGAAGAUACGCUAGAUGGCUAUUGUCUGCUGGCUCUGUUGCGCAAGGUGUUUGGUGACCUGGCAGCACAGUAUAGCCCGGGUACUAGCUAUUCCACAAGCAUCAUCAGCUCUGCUUCCAUUCGUCAGCACCUCGACGAGCCAAGCGACAAGUUUGAUUUCGCUGUGUACGAUGCAGAGGAAGUCCGAUCAUCCGUAGCAACAAAGGUUCAUCUCUCCACUAGCCAACGUUACGUUGAUCGUGCCUCGCUUCUUCUCGAAUGGCCGGUCAACCAUGCCUCACUGCUCUCUGCACAGUCCUUUGAGUCCAUCCGAGAAAGCCUUGGUGAGUCCGACCUGCCUGCACUAGCCACCUGCCUGGGCCUUACAUUACCAUCUUCAUCACGUGAGCACAGUAAUCAUCCACACACUGCAGCAGCAUUGGUCCACAGCUGGGCAGUUACCGACUACCAUCACACCUCGACCAAGCUUUACCAGCUGCUAGUGAAAUCACCGAACGCCCAGCGCUUUGCAAAGAUCUGCAAGGUGCUACGGCAGCAUGAAGAACUGCUGGCGACCGAUUUUCCAGACAUGUUCCGGAAGCGUCGGGUGCAAGCCGUCCAGCCGGUCUCUGACGGAGCUAUUUCCUCCACUGUUCAAUCAGACUCCGCGGAGAGCGUUCCUUCUGGCAGCCAGUCACACUCUGAUCAAGCCAGUCAGUCCACUGCUGCUCGGCAAGAUGAUGCUGGCCAUGCUGAGCAUCACACUGGUCAUGGAAGCUGUGGGAUUUUCCUAUCCACUUCACCACUCCAUGCCAUGUGGUCAACGGACGAACGCAUUGCAAACCUGUAUCAGGAGGAUGAAGCAGAGCUCUCUGAAGAAACAGAAACGUUCUUGAAGAACCCAUUCAAGCAUGCCAUCUUCAUUGAUGAUAUCCACAUCUGGCUGCAAUCACUAGGUGCUGCUGGCCUACGUGGCAAAGCGCAGAAGCACGGCUUCUUUACGGAUCUUGCUCAGAUCAACAAGCUUAUGAUCACUGAGCAGUACCGUGGUAAGGAAGCCCACAACUGUGAGCUGCUGGAUAUCAUCAUGGCACAGGAACGUGAUGGCUACAUCAAGCUGUGCAACAUCGUCAAGGGUUAUGGACAACUGUACACAACACGGCUUGAGCAGAUGAACAGUUUGCUGACGGAGAGUGAUCGAGUCUAAUCAGGUUUCAGGUGACUACACUCUCCAACCAGGUCAUCGUUGUCAUGGUCACUGACGCCAGAGUCGGAACAGUGUCUGAUGUCUUCCAUUAUCAAUUCGUAGUGAUGCUGGCUAGAAAUUGGCCAUUGUGGCAAUUUGUUGUUUACUACUUCACUUGCAUAUGCCAUGCAUGUAUGCAUACAAAUCCUUCACUUGUUUGCCUCAGUAUCGAAGAGCACUAUAGAUUUGUGUUUGUGUUCACUAUGGCCUUCACUCGUCUUUUUAAAGUUGUUUUACGAAUGUAUGUAUGUGUGGGAGUAUUUGUGUGUGUGUGUAUAUGUGUGUGUGUGUGUGUGUGUGUGUGUGUGUGUGUGUGUGUGUGUGUGUGUGUGUGUGUGUGUGUGCGAGUGUGUGUGUGUGUGUGUGUGUGUGUUUGUUUGUGCAUGUACACUUCUUGCCGCCUGCAAAAUUUGCCUAGCUUUUUUUGUAGCACAAAGUGCUUGUGUGUAAUGCCAUUUCACUUGCUCUUCUUCGUCAUCAAUGAUGUCUAUGUGUGUUUUUGCCCUUACGUUCCCGUUCGGCUUGCUUUUCGUACUACAACGGAACAGAACACACUGUCAUGAUUGUUUGCAUGUUGAACAGUUCGACUUGUUUUUAUGCAUCAUUUCUGAUCACAACAUGCUUUGUGCAUUUCACUGCAGCUUCACUUGCUAGUCUUCAUCAUUACCUCAUGGAAAUAUGUAUGUGUGCGUGUGUGCAUUGCGAUGUCACUUGUUUUUUUACUUUUAUUUUUUACAUGACACAAUUAUCAUGUUUGUGAACUACAGCACUGCAGUUUCGCUUGUUAUUCUUCUCAUCACUAAAGCACAGAAUUUGUUUGUGUAACUCACAGUUUCCCUCUUUUUUUUACCCAUCAUUCCAGACCCCAGUGAGCUUUUUGUCAUUGUUAUUCCCUUGCUAGCCUACAUCACUACCGACCUGCAAUAUGAUUGCAUGGGUUUGUGUGCAGUGAUGUCUUCAUUUGUUUUCUGUGGCAGUUACACAACAUGUGUUUGUGUACACUGCUGUUUCGCUUGUAUCAUUUCUUAUCACUACAGCACAGAAUACGUGUGUGGGUGGGUGUAUGGACUGAUCAUGCACUUCAUUACUUUUAUCCAUGAUGUGAGAUCACAGUGUGGUCUUUGUGCCGCUCAUCACUGUUUUCAUUGCUUUUUUCGUUGCUUUUUCACUGCCAGCUGUUUUUGUUGCUUUUUCAUUGCCAGCUGUUUUCGUUGCUGUUGUGUUGCCAGCUGUUUUCGCUGCCGUUGCCUUUCGCUUGCUAUUCUACAUGGUUGGAGUCGGCAAUGUAUUUUCAUGCUCUGCUGUUUUCUUACUUUGUUUUCUGUGGCUGUAAGGAACACACUUUGUCGGAACAGCAAUUUGCUUUGCAGGCCUUCUUUUUUAAUUACAGCACAGAAUGUGUGUGUGUGUGUCUGCACUGAUCUUGCACUUGUUUUCCUUAUCAUUGCACAACAUGAUGCGUUUACACUUUGCCAAGGUUUACACCAUGUACCACUGCUGCAAUUGCCUUGCCGGAUCAUUACGUCAUUACGUCAUUACGUCAUUACGGUACACAACUUGUUAGUGUACGGUGCACUGCACUUUCUCUAUUUUCAUCAUCAUUAUUCGGAAGUCUUGUUUUUGUUAUCCAUACGGAGACCCGA